UCUGUCGUUGUCCAAUCCCGUUGCAGAACCUCCUGGCUCGUAAUUUUGAACAGACGGCGAGAAGGGAAGAUUAGAAUUGUCGAGACUCACCAACGCUUUCUUCCCACAAACUCGUAACAUAAUUGCUUGGAAAUGGAUACGUUUUAUCUGUCGUCGAAUUGAAAUGACUGGUUCUGCGAAUUUGGGAUAACCAUGAGUUCGCAUAUCGUCACCCCUGGGCCGUACCGAGCCACAAAGCUGUGGAAUGAGAUAACGCGGCUGUUCCGAGCUGGUAUGCCUCUGAAGAAGCACCGGCAGAACUUGAGAAAUUACAGUUCCUGCUUCACGGCGGUCGCUGCUGUGGACUGGCUGCACCAAAUGCUAUGUAGCAACAGCAACUUUGGCCCCGAUGUCACCAGGCAGCAGACCGUCCAGCUGCUCAAGAAGUUUCUGAAGAACCAUGUGAUAGAAGACGUGAAGGGCCGCUGGGGCACAGAGGAACUGGAGGACAACAACACACUCUACAGGUUUCCAUCCACCUCUCCUCUGAAGCCCAUCCCAUAUCCAGCUGUGCCCUCAGCUUCCAAAGGCAUUAAGAAAAGGCCUUCACUUCGAGACAAAGAAGGUUUCUUCAGGUUUAAGAGCAUGAAGAAAAAUGAACAGGAGACAGAGGAAAAUCGCCAAGCAGAAGAAGAGAGAGAUCCAGGAGAGCCGCAAGUACAGAGACGAGAGCUGACUGGAGACGAUGAACUGAAUAUCUGGAGGGACACCACCCUGACCCACCUGCAGAAGAUUCUAGGUGUUGCAUCGCUUGAUGAAGUGUUAGACCACCGUUCCAUAAACCCACACAACAUCAUCCAUAAUAUGAAUAAAGUCAACAAGCAUGGUGUGGUCACCCUGGAUGACAAGACCAAUGACCUUCCUCAUUGGGUUUUAUCAGCUAUGAAGAGCCUGGCCAAUUGGCCAAAGUAUGACAGUGCGCAGCUGUCCUAUCCAGGUUUUGAAAGGGACGUUUUCAAAACUGUGUCCGAUUACUUCUACAGCCUUCCACAGCCAUUACUCACCUAUGAGUUGUAUGAACUAUUUAUCAACGUACUCGUGUACUGUGGGUAUGUUGCAGCGCCCACUGCGUACCAAGGUGGCAAACGCAAGACGCCCGAUCUUCCCUCAGCGCCCCCCCCAGCCAAGACGUCUUUUCGCUCUACAGAGUGUCUCCUCCUGUCACUGCUUAGACAGGGAACAUGCGAUGAGACGGAGUCUCCCAUGAGUGAAGUGCUUGGCGGAAAAGUUCAGUCUCAUCUGGCGGUGCUGAGAGGAGCCCCCGCCAGUACAGAUGAUGGCCAGUUAGGAGGCAGCUACAUGAGCCUCAGUACUGCUGGUUCCUUAAGGCGCCAAACUAGAAGCUGCUCACUAGAGACAGUCUUAUAUGACUCCACCCUUCUUACCAGGCAACAGAUCUUUUUAUCCAAUGACAGCCUGGCAUCCUGCUUCCCGAGCAGCAGGAGCCAAGAUAGCAACUCUAGGACUGCGUCAACAAAAACAUCAGUUCAAUCUGUAAGUGCUCCACACAGUUUCGCCAGGCAUUCUGUCGAUUCAGUGGCAGCACGGUCAGCCCCACAGAGGGUGCACACACUGCCACCGAGGAGUGUGGGCAGCUGUCUGGACAUAGUUGUAGAGACCAAGGAAGAGUCCUUUAAGGAGACCAAGUGGGAAGGCCGAGCUGCCAGCUGCCUGCAUGUAAACCCUUCAGAGGACCAGCAUCACUCGCAUGUUGCCACACCCCCUCUCUUGUCAUGCUCCCAGCCUCACGCCAGUUUCUCGUCACCUCCUGCAACCAAAGCACACUCACCUGACACUACCUCAGAACCGAGUGGGCCCCGACUGGCUUCCAGUACAUCUAAUCUUUGGACUCUGCCGGCGCCUGCUGUUGUCCGUCGCUGCCUCAGCUCUCUGGAUGUGUCUAAGUUGCCUCGACCCACUUCACUGUUUAAACCAUCUGUCUGUGUACCUACUGCCAGAACACAGCACCCCGAACCGAAAUCUGAGCACAGGCUUUUCCAGCCUCAGAGUGAGCGUGUGGCCAUUGAUGCCCUGCAGUUGUGCACACUCCUCCUCCCACCUGCCUCACGAAGGAAGUUGCAGCUCCUAAUGAGGAUGAUGUCUCGCAUUAGCCAGAAUGUGGAUAUGCCUCGCCUCCACCCUGCCAUUGGCACCCGAACAAUGAUGGUCCACACAUUUUCAGGCUGCGUUCUAGCCAGUGCUGAGGAGUGUGAGUUGGAUGAGCUCUUAGCUACCAGAUUGGUUUCCUUUUUAAUGGAUCAUCAGCAGCGCAUCCUGUCGGUCCCUGAGUAUCUGGUCGGGGCCAUUAAUGACCAUGUGCAGUACUUGCGCACAGCACAGAUGCCCCUCUCCCGUUUUCAAUUGUAUUCAUCCUGUGGUGCAAUGCUGAUUGUGGAUAGGUUGAACUCCACCUACUUGUCUUCACCUCAGAUUAGUGGCGCUGAAUUUGAGCAGCAGAAGUUGUCAUGUUCCCAGAAGGCCAUGGAGGACUUACUGGAGAUGAUUUUGACGGACCAAAACAUGACAGAGAAGGACAGACGCAAAAAGUUAAAGCAGUUUCAGAAGCAGUAUCCUGACAUCUACAGUCGACAGUUCCCCUCCACAGAGAAAGCCAACAAGCCAAAGAUUAAAGCUCCACUGCUCAUCAGGAAGACCAAAGCUUUCAGUAUCAGGAACUAAAAUGGUUGUAAUGUUGGCUGCACUAUAAAUGCACUCACACUGGUACCCACAGAACCAAACAGAUUUUGUUACAGUGGAAACUGUUAUUGCUGGGCUUUUUUUGUUUUGUUUUUGUGUGCAUUUGUGGCACAACUGGGAGAGAUGAAGGCAGGUCGACAAUUGUAUUUAUUUUACUUUUUUUUUUUGCACAGAUUUACCAUUUAUGCUAACGUUCUACAUAGGUAUUGUGUGCAUGCAUGUGUUCAUCAUUUGUACUUUUGGGAAAAAGAUUUGCGAUUUCUUAAUUUAAAGGAAUGAUGCUAGUGGGAGCAAUAUGAAAAAGUGCUUGAAAAGUGAUUGCUUGUCAGAACUGUUGUUGACUAAACAUUUUAUAAGGCUUACUAAUUUAAAAUGUUCAGUUCCUGUAUCACUUGUAUAAUUGUGUAUUCAGUUUUUGGUAUUUUUUUUUUUUGUAUUAUUACAAAACUGGGCAAGGAUUUAACCUUUAGAUGUUUGCAGUCUGCGUGUAUGUGUACUGCAUCUUUAGUUUUUUGGGUAGUGAUUACUUGGGUUUAUAAUAAGCCAAACAACUUCAGUGAAAAGUUAAUAACAAUUUACAAAUUAGGCCCCUGCUUGCUUUUGACUCUAAGGUACCUUAAGCAUAACAUUAAAUUCAAACCUUACCUUAAAUUCAAAACCUGAAAUUCAGAUUUUAUGAUACAUGGUAUUUAUUGCUCUGAGCCUACAUGAAGUAUUAUUUUACAGUAAUGGAUGUUUGUGUCUGACUCUUGUAUGCACUGUUUAUGAGGCUCUACACAGUUGUACAUGUUCCUCUACAACUAUGCAAAUUCCAUGGGAAUAAACACAUUCAA